AGUGCCGGCGUUGGCGAAAUCUGGUGCCGACAGCCUAUUGCUGAUGUGUCGUUAAGUGUCGUGCUUUGUUUGGAGCAGGCUGCUAGGCAGCGGGUGCUUUUGUGUGAGCUGCAAAUAGUGCAUAGCUCACCGGACCGGCUUGAAGCGUCCGGCAAAGAAUGAUCCUCGCAAAUCUGUGUGAAUUUGGCAAAAAUAUGCUUAUAUCGACAUGGCUAAUUGUCCUACUAGCUUUGACUGGGGGUGUUUUAACACAAGACGUAGGUUCCUUGGAGAAUACCAACAUUGAGAGGACCAUAGACAUAGCCUCUCAGCUGGUUCGUACGACAGUGAAGAUAUCAGUAGAAAACAAAGGAUCCACCCCCGUUUCGAAUUAUUAUUUCGCCCUCCACCCAACAGAAGUGAAACACCUCAGCUUUAUUUCGGCCACAAGUGAGGCCAUCCCAUUAACAGUCGUCGUGGAUAAGGCUGCUUCGCCCGACAAUGCAGUGCUAUAUAAAAUUUCACUGCCAACUCCUCUAUCUCCGGGAAAAAGUAUCAAAUUGGAUGUGAUGACCGUCCUCACCCAUCAGCUUCAGCCAUUCCCAGCCCAGGUGCAACAGGGCGACAAGCAACUGGUGAUUUACAGGGGCAGUCACCAUCAGCUCUCGCCGUAUUUUACGACCCGGCAAACAACAAAAAUCCGGUUGGCGUCAAACCGUGUUGAAAGCUACACGAACACCGAGAAGCCAAACGCUCAGUCUGAGUCGUCGGUUACCUAUGGGCAAUACACAAAUGUGGCGCCCUAUACGAGGGUGCCGUUCAAGGUCCAUUAUGAGAAUCAUAAGUCGUUCCUUGUGGUCAAAAACUUGAAGAGAUGGAUUGAGGUGUCGCACUGGGGCACAAUUCAGGUGGAAGAAACUUUGGAUGUGAAGCACGAGGGCGCAGAACUGAAGGGUAGUUUCAGCCGCUACGAUUUCCAGCGAGAGAUAGGUUCCUCACCGGCUGUCAAAUCGUUCAAGACCUUCCUUCCCCUUGGGGCAAGGGAUGUCUAUUACCGUGAUGAGAUUGGCAAUAUCUCAACAUCGCGAAUGCGUGUCCGAUUCGACUCGGUAGAAGUGGAACUACGGCCACGUUUCCCGCUAUUCGGCGGCUGGAAGACCCACUACGUUCUAGGAUAUUCUAUUCCCACAACAGAUUUCCUUCUUCAUGAUGGUUCUGAUGGAUUUGUUCUUAAGAUAAAUUUCAUUGAUCAUAUUUUUGACGAUGCGGUCAUAGACAGCGCUGUCGUUAAGAUUGUGCUCCCUGAAGGAUCGAAAGACAUCCGCCUAAAGUUGCCCUUCAUGACUAAGAGACAUGCUGACGAACGCCACUACACCUAUUUAGAUACCACGGGUCGGCCUGUUGUCGUCUUAAGCAAGGAAAACCUCGUUGAAGAUCACAUCCAGCAACUGGAAGUUCACUACCGCUUCAAUAAGAUGCUAAUGUUUCAGGAGCCUCUGUUAGUAGCUGUAGCACUGUUACUUCUCUUCCUGACCGUCAUUGUCUAUGUUCGACUCGAUUUCUCGAUCCGGAGUGAUCCCGGUCAAGAACUUAAAUGGAAACUUGACUCUUUACUAGAACGUGCAAGCCGCGUGCAAGAUAAACGAGAUGCCCUUUACAACGGCAUGGAUCAAGCCCUCGCGAAAUAUAAGCUAUCGAGGGACCAAGCAGGGUUCGAAGCACUGAUGAAGAGACACACCGUAGGCCAUCGGACGGCGUGCGAAGAGAUGGCCGUCCUUGAGGAGGAGGCCAAGAAUGGGAAGCUCCCUAUCAGUGCCCAAGAGACUAUACAAGAGCUCAACCGACAGGAUAAAGCACUCCGAGAGCACAUGACUGCUCAGGUAGCUAUUCUUGAGAAGUUCAUCCUGGGGAAGCUAAACAAGCAACAGUACACCGAUCAGGAGAUGGCUCUUACAAAAAAGAAGCAAGAAGUUUAUGAGAAAAUUAAGGACAUCGCCAGCAAACUGUAGACGAUCACGAACGAGUAUCUAGUCUGGAAGAUCGCAGUAGACUAAUCCGCCGGAGGCGGCAGGUGAGCGGUUGAGUGCGAGAACAGGUCAAGCAAAACAAUGAAGGGAAGUCAGCGAAUGUGAACUAUAGUGAACUGAGAGGAUGAACAAAUGUGCUUUGACGAUGUGAGAAAAACUAGCGGCUAUGAAUAAUAUCUUCACUCUAGAGAGAAGUCAAUGGGUGCUUUAUCAAAAGCAGUACCAUUGGUGAAGUUUAAUAGUAUAUAUAUAUGAGAGUCGAGUCUUACUCCCUCAAUAUUGUUCUGCUCUGUAUAUCUCUCUUCUCAACAACUAUAGCAAUGCAGAUAAUAGAUAAGUAAAUAGGUGGCCUAAAAGUAUGCGCAUACUUAUAACAUUUCCACUUAAGCUAUUUGGCCGGUGCGCGUCCUCCACCCUAAAUAUAUUAUUAUACAAUGUAUGGAAGGUUUU